AUGCAACUUCAAAAGUUCAACAAGCAAAAGAAAAGAAGGCAGCCUGCAACAACUUUGGCCGAAUAUUCACUUUUAAGAUUAUCUUACAAAAGCAUCCUUAAGGCUACUGAUGGAUUCUCCGCAGAAAAUUUGGUGGGUGUAGGUAGUUUUGGUUCUGUAUAUAAAGGAAUUCUUGAAGAGAACGGAAUUGUUUUUGCUGUCAAAGUCCUUAAUCUUUUCAAUCCUGGAGCUUCUAGGAGUUUCAUGGCCGAAUGCGAGACUUUGAGGAACAUUAGACACCGCAAUCUUGUUAAGGUAUUAACAGCAUGUUCAAGUGUUGAUUAUCAUGGCAAUGAUUUUAAGGCUCUGGUUUAUGAGUUCAUGGUUAAUGGGAGCCUAGAGGAUUGGUUGCACCCCUCUAUUGAUCUGAAUGACGCAGAUGAGCCAACAAAAAGUUUGAAUUUUCAUCAGAGAUUGAAUAUAGCUGUUGACGUUGCUUGUGCAAUGGAUUAUCUCCACCAUCAUUGUGAAACACCAAUUGUUCAUUGUGACCUCAAACCGAGCAAUAUUUUACUUGAUGGUGAAAUGAUUGGUCAUGUAGGUGACUUAGGUUUAGCAAAAUUCAUUUCAGCAGAUAUGCAAAAUCACCCAAAAAGCCAGUCAAGCACCCUUCGAUUAGGAACUAUUGGUUAUGCUCCACCAGAAUAUGGCUUGGGAAGUGAAGUGUCAAUACGUGGUGAUGUUUACAGCUUUGGUAUAGUUUUACUGGAGAUGUUUACGGGAAAGAGGCCUACUGACGAAGUGUUUAAAGAUGGUUUGAACCUUCACAACCUUGCCAAGGAUGCUUUGCCAGAACGAGUAGUUGAGAUUACUGAUCCCAUUCUUCUUCAGGAACGAGUCACUGGAGAAACAAUUUCAAAGUUUAAUUCCAACGAGAGUAGCCAGAGACGAAACAUACUCCUUCAGAGUUUGACUUCAAUAUUUGAAAUAGGAGUCACUUGUUCUGCUGAAUCACCCACCAAGCGAAUGAACAUGAGUGAUAUUGCUGCUGAGCUUUGUGUUAUCAGAAAGAAGCUUUUUCCAACUCAGCUACAUCAGUUAAGGCUAACUUAA